AUGGUCGACCGUCCCGGCGAUGCCAGUGGAGACGAGAACCAAGCCCUCCUCAUGGCCGACCCGCAGCGACAUGAAGACGGAGACGGUCAGGGGCCGCUCGAUUUGACGACGGGGGCGACCCAUCCCGAUGCUCCCCUCGGCGGCGACGGCACCCUCGAGGUCGAGGUCGACAGCGGACCCCCGACGCCGCGAUUCGUUCAGGACGAGCACGCGUGGAAGCGGUGGAAAUGGGUUCCCUACCCCGUCCGCCGCUUCAUCAAGGCCUUUGUCAAAUGGUCCCACGGCCCGCCCAACGCACAUCCCUAUCGCAUCAAGCCCCUCCUCCCCGUCGUGCAGGAGUAUCCCCUCUUCCUCGUCGACCGCUUCCUCCCCAGGCGAAAGCAUCGCUUCUGGCUCCUCUUCCUCUACUUCUCCCUCUGGCUCGUCACCUUCGUCCUCGUCAAGCGCCAGGGCACAAUCGUCAGCGAGGUCGCCGGCUGGGGUCAGCCGCAGGCCAUCGGGUGCUCGGCCGCCUACUGGGGCACCGACAACACCUGCGGCCUCGAUGGGAACGCCUGCCGGCCCUUUGCCGACAGCGGCUUCGCCUUCCGCUGCCCCGCCAACUGCGAGGCUCUCCACGUGCUGAACCCGCACGCCGUCGGCGACCAGGAGAUCGUCUACCGCUCCCUCGUCGUCGGCGGACCUUACGACGACGUCCACCCCGAGAAUGCGACCUACCGCGGCGACUCCUACAUCUGCGCCGCCGCCAUCCACGCCGGUGUCAUCUCCAACCAGAACGGCGGAUGCGGCGUCGUCCAGCUCGUCGGAAGACGCCAAGGCUACGUCAGCACGCAGCGAAACGCCAUCACGAGCGUCGCCUUCGACUCCUACUUCCCCCUCUCCUUCCAGUUCCUCCCGGCCAUCGACUGCGCCGCCGAGGACACGCGCUGGUCGCUCCUCGCCCUCUCCGUCGUCUUCACCGCCGUGCUCUCCAUCUUCACCGCCGAGCCUGCCCUCUUCUUCUUCCCCUCCUUUGUCGCCAUCUUCUGGACCGUCGGCAUGGCCCUCGACACACCCCCUCACAAGUCCGUCUCGGCCCUCUUCUCCAACAUCUUGGGCAAGUUUCUGCCCGCCAUGUUCGUCGCCUGGGUCAUGUACGACAAGAUGGGCAUCCGCCGCACGCUCGGCGGCCUCACAGCCCAGUUCGAGAAGACGAUCCUGUGGCUCGGUGCCUGCUGGGUGGGCGCGCUGACAAACUACACGCUCGACUUCAUCCCCAUCCAGCGUCUCACCGCCCACGAUCUCAACCAGCAGCCGGGAGCCAAGGCGGCCUUGUCCAUCAUCAUCGUCAUCCUCGUCGUCAUCGUCGCCACCCAGAUAUGGUUCUUUCGGAUGGAGGGGCGCUUCAUCAAGUACAUGAAGCUCUAUGCCCUCUUCGCCCUCGCCAUCAUCAUCGCCCUUGUUCUCCCGACGCUCCACCUGAGGAUACAUCAUUACAUAAUGGCCCUGCUUCUGCUACCCGGCACGAGCCUGCAGAUGCGUCCGUCCCUCCUGUACCAAGGUUUGCUUGUCGGCUUGUUCAUCAACGGCAUCGCCAGGUGGGGUUUCGAUCCCGUCCUGCAGACAUCGGCCGCGCUGCAAGGCGACGCGCAAAAGGGAACGCUCCUACCUACGCUCGGCGAACCUGUCAUUCGUCUCGCCAACGGCACCGACGGCGCCUCGAACAUCACAUUUACCUGGGGGGUGCCCACCGGCAAGCGCUACGACGGAAUCAGCAUCCUCGUCAACGACGUCGAGCGCUUCCGCUCCUACUUUGGCGACGAAAACGAAGAGACCAAGUUUACAUGGCCUCGAAACAGCACGCUUGACUUGCCCGAGUACUUUCGGUUCGCCCUCAUGAGCGGCAGCGACAGCGGCGAUUACACCAAAGCCGGAAUAUGGGCCGCCGAUGGCGCGUGGAAGCAGAUGGAGCCGGGGCCGUCGAAGAUCAAGGUCCGAAGCCUCGGGAGGCGUAAGGAGAGGCUACGGCGGGAAUGA